GAAGGGUACAUCGGGCAGCGCAGUUCCAGAAGCCGUGAGGUUGGUCCUGUGUAAGGCGCUUUCGGCGCGCGCGCCGUAGAAAGAGACGGAAGAGAUUCUUCUGGAACCAACCAGAAGCCGCGCGCGCCCACGAGCGCGUCCCAGGGCAGGGCCCAGGGCCUCCUCUCCGGGCGACCUUGACGAUGGAGCGCGCGCGCGGACAACCCCUUGGUUACUGAGAAAGUCUCGAACGGUGUGGAGGUCACUGUGUGCCAACUACCGCGCGGCAUAGAGAAUGGGACAACCCAAACCCACGUCUUUCGCCUUCCUCAGAUGCAAAACUCUGUCAAAUACCGCUUUCGCAAGGACGACGGCUUGACCGGAGAUAACGGUGGACAAUACAUGGAGUAUUAUAUUACGCCAGGAGAGGUAGAUUUCUACCAGCGAGAAUCCGACAACAAUCCUACUCCACUGACAUGCGAAACUAUCAACAUAAAGGCACCGACGGUGCUGCAGAUGAACGUGAAGGACGAUGGAAAAAUGGAGGUGUCCUGCAAUGGAGGAACCGCGACACCUAUAAAUAAGGACAACUUUGGCAGUGAGUUUGUCCUUCAGAGGAUAGACCAAAAGUUUGAUUCUAUGACGGUCAUGGAGAUCCACGUCACUUACAAAAGUGACAGAAACAAGGUCUUCAACACGAGCGCGGACUUCCAGAUGCUUGACUUUCCGCUCUCUCCUGGAGCAUACGUCGUCUGGGAGGGCGACGCCUCGGGAACAUUCACGGUCAAGUUCAAGGACACUCAAAUCUACAGCGCCACGAAGAACGCAUCGAGUCUGCGAAUAGUGAUGAAGAUGUUCAUCAAUAGUAUCCUCAUAGGACUGGACAGCGAGAAGUUGACGUGCGUAGCCAACCCCAAGACUACAGGGGCGGCGACUAACACCAAGCACCCACUCGUCCUGUCAGGUGGAUUCCACCUGACCAACUUCAUCAUGCAAACCGGUAGCCGCUGAGGAAAACGAAGGGCAAGGACAUUCGAGGGCGUAGCCAGGGAUACGUGCAGUCCUCGUGCAUUCCGUACCCUCUGGACAUGUGCCACAUCUCCCAAGAGGUCCCUUACCACGCCUUCUCCCUUUAUAAGCUUAUGUGUUUGCUUUUUGUAACAACCUCUUGUCUGCACGCUUGUCGAAGGGGUGACGGGGAAAGGAAGAGUGAAGAAUGCUGAUCAAGAAAAAUAACAAGGGGGGCCUUUUGGUACGCGUGACACGUGCACGUGUGUUUUGUGUGUUAAUAAAAUGAUUUGGUAGAAGCAUCCUAA